GAAAACGUCUGCCGCAAAUUUCACCAGAAGAAGAAGACUGGCUUUAUCUCUAUGGCAACGACAACUAUCCAUUUGCCGUGCGUUAGCUGCUCAUAGCUGUAACUUACAUUAUCGCCUGUUUCUUCGCUGACAUUCUUACUUUUACAUUUGCAAACGAUACGAGCGGUUAGCUAACACAUUACACGUCGUUACGAGUGCGAAAAAAGACAAGCUGGUUGCUUAUUGUAGCUAACAACAAACUAUUAGCAUUUCGCUCAUGUGUAACGUUACUAGCUAAAUAUUCAUGGCAGAAAGUUGGAAUACAGAUACCGGAGAAGCUGUGUACCGGUCCCGGGAUGCUGUCAAAAACCUGAGAAUAAAGGUGCGUAUAGAGAGGGUGACCUCCACAGCAGCCCUCUCUCAGCACCUCCAGCAGCAAGUUCUGUCCCAGCAAGACAGAGGAGCCAUUGAACUGGAGACCCUCAGCUCACAAAGCCACACAGGUGAUAAUGACGAGGAACUAGUGGUUGGCUGGCAGGAGAAACUUUUCAGUCAGUAUGAGAUGGAGCUGUUCCAGAACGAGGCGGUAUGUCAGUCCCCUCUGGACCGGCAGUACCACACAGAAGUCACGGCCCUGAGCAGGGCUAAGGGCCGACGAAACCGCAGGAUUUUCACAUACACUGAUCAUGACCGCUAUACCAACUGUCUUCCAUUCCACCAACUGCAGCACUGCACUGAUUUACUGACCACAACCAAAUCCAGCCCCACCUUCCUGGCUGAAAGGAUGGCCAGUGUGAGACACAGACGACAGGACAGACGCACCAUGGAUAGUAGUAUCCCAAAAUCAAAGAUCGUCAACUUUGAGCCCACAGAGGAGUUUGUGAAGAGCAGUCAUGUGGUGAACAAUGCCAUGCAGACCAUGCAUAUCAUGGGAGACCUGGGGCCCACUGGAAGGUUGGGCCAGCAAGAGAAUGAAUAUUUGCUGUUGACUAUAAAAACAGAUGGCAGUGGAGUGGUCAUUGUAAAACCUGACUUCAACAAUGGCAAAGAGCCCUACAGGAUUGUAACAGACGGGGAGAAGAGAGAAGUUUGGCGUCUUACUGUUGAGAAUGUAUCCACAGCCAUGAAAUCAGAGGAAAAGGAAAGAGAACAGAACAUGUACAAAGAUCUGUAUGUCAGACACAAGGAGUACCUCAAUAGCCUUGUUGGACAGGACUUUGAAAUGCCUCCUGCAGGUAUUCUGCGUUACCUGAUGAAUGGAGAGAUAGUCUCAGCCCAAGGCUUUGAAUAUGAUAACUUAUACAUCCACUUCUUCAUGGAACUGCCCAACAACUGGUCCAGCCUGCCGUUUCAGUCACUCUCAGGGGUUACCCAGACCUGUCGGACCAAAACAUUGGGGAAGGACAACGUGGCUUUCUUCAGUUACCCCUUCAGCUUUGAAGCUUUCUACAUGAGUGAAAAAGAAAGUGAGGAACCAAUUCCCCAGUGGCCUGUGCUCUACUUCAAGGUUCUUUCUCUGGACACCUGGCAACGAUAUCGAACUGAAGGCUAUGGCUAUCUGCUCUUUCCUGCCAUGACUGGUAAACACACAAUGACGUGUCAUACAUGGAGACCCAUUCAGACGGGGACAGUUUCUGCUCUGAGACGCUUCUUUAUUGGAGGUUCUCCAGAGCUUGAAGACCACAGCUACGUCAGAAUACCAGGGACCUUCAAGGGAGAGAGGCUGAGUCGCUUUGGUUUUUGCACUGAAACCACAGGAAGUGUCACCUUUAACUUGCACUGCAUCCAGCAAGCCAGGGCCUUUGUUGAUGCCGCCAUGUUGAAGAAGAGGAGGCAGAAAGUUUUUGAUCAACUGGGAGGAUUUAGUCAGCAAGGAGCUGUCUGCAGCAUCCUGGAGGCCUUCCAGAGAGCCAGAAGAAAAAUGCAAGAGGCCCGAGAAAGUCUUCCCAGAGACAUCAUCAACACCACCUCCCAACUCCAAAUCGAAUCAUCUGCAUAAGAGUGAAAAAUGGUGUAAAAUACAUUAAAAACUACCAGAUGGAUACUUCUUUGAUUAGAAUAGAAGUGAUAUAACCAGCAAGUUUAAAAUGUUGUACUGUGUUUUGCUGAUAACAGGCCUGUGAGUGGAAGUCAGUAUCUGAUUUAUUCUUUGUAAAGAUGGCUAACAUACUGGAAAGGGUAAUAUUUCAGGUAAAAUAUGAAUUUACGAGAUGAUGAAUGAUAAGUAAAGCUGGUAAGCCUACUAAGUAUGGUAUCACCAAGCAUUGCAUUCUUUGUACUGUCUGCAUCAGAUUUGAGUAAAUGGUCUCUUUUUCAGAGUGAAAAACACUGAGGCUUGAGAAAACUGAGAAAACCUAAUAAGAAACUUUUUUUAGAUUUGGAAUUUAAACAUUAGAAUCAUGUUUGUUGUAAUGUAAACUUUUUAUAUGAACACACUAUUUUGUGUAUUUUUGCCCAUAGCCACUGUAAUUCAAGUUUCAAACAUAAUUGUACUUGCACGAUAUGCUUCGUAUACGGUAGUUAAGUGUCAUAUAAGUUUUGUGUACAGGAAAUAUUGAUGUGUGGCAUGGAUGGCAUUGGCAGUGAUCAAUGCCUGUUGUGGGUCAAAAUGUUUCACCCUGUUGUCAAUAAAUGUGAAAGCAAGAAGUA